AUGGCUGACCCCCGCGUUGAAGAGCUCCCGGAUGAGGAGACCAAGAAGCCCACCGUCGAGGAGCUCGACGACUCGUCCGAUGAGGAGUCCGACGCCGAGGCCGGCGAUGCCAGCCUCCCCGCCGGCUCGACCGCCGUGAUUCACUCUCGCAACGAGAAGAAGGCCCGCAAGGCCAUCGAGAAGCUGCACUUGACCCGUGUGCCGGGUAUCACCCGUGUCACCCUCCGCCGCCCGAAGAACAUCCUCUUCGUCAUUAACAACCCCGAAGUGUACAAGUCGCCCAACAGCAACACCUACAUCGUCUUCGGUGAGGCCAAGAUUGAGGAUCUCAACGCGAGCGCCCAGGCCGCUGCUGCCCAGCAGCUCGCCAGCCAGACCGCCGAGCACGACCACGCCGGCCACUCCCACGAUCACAAGCACGAGGCCGCUAAGGAGGAGGAGGAAGAGGAGGAUGACGGCGAGGAAGUGGAUGCGGAGGGUAUCGAGGACAAGGACAUUGAACUCGUCAUGACCCAGGCCAACGUGUCCCGGAAGAAGGCGAUCAAAGCGCUAAAAGAAAACGACAACGACAUACGAAGCACAGCUCUCAAGAUUGACUGGGUCAAGAUCACCUCGUCGCUCGGCCUGCGCGGCCAGACGGUGGCCGGGCUCCAAGCCUUCAAGAAGCGCAACGACGACGUCCGCCGUAAGGUCCAAGUGCUUUCGGAGCAGCCGACCACCAUCGACUUCGCCCAGUACCGUUCCGUGCUCAAGAACCAGGCUAUCGUCGACGAGAUCGAGAAGCGCUUCAAGGCCUUCCAGCCCGCCACCUACGACCUCAGCCGCCAGCUCAAGGCCAUCGAGGCCUUCGAGGUCGAGGCCGUCAAGAACGCCCAGGCGACCAAGGAGAAGGUUGACCUCGAGCUCAAGGACCUGGAGAAGACGCUCAAGAACAUUGAGGAGGCCCGGCCAUUUGAGGACCUCACCGUCGACGAGGUUGCUGCCGCUGAGCCCAGCAUUGACGAGAAGACCGCCAAACUUGUUUCUAAGGGUCGCUGGUCCGUGCCGGGAUACAAGGAGAAAUUCGGCGAUCUAUCUGUGCUAUAA